AUGCCUGAUUUGAACAACAACGAGGAUGAAAUCAAUACUCUAGAAUCAGCAAACUCCCAACAAGCCGGUCUAGAUGAGAAGCCAAGUAAUCCAGGCGUCGGAAUUCAGGAAGAAGAGAAAUUUAGCAACAAUCAGACAAGUACAAGCAGUUCCGUUGCCAUGGCUCACAGCAAUUGUGACGAACAGCAAGGGAAGGCAAAACUUUCGUUCCAGAGGCCUGGAAGAAGACUUUGGAGAGCAUCGCCCAAGGCAAGGUCUGAGAAUACGCGUAUUAAACCGCAAGGUAAUCGCCGAGCUGUGAUGAGAUCACUGGCAAAUAUCAAAGACCCUGUUGAUUUGACAAUGUGUGCUGACGAUGAGCCCGUCAACAAAGGAGUCUCGCCCUGUUACCAGAUAUCUAAUGAGGAUUUGCGCACCUGUGAGCCAGGACAAUGGCUCAACGACAAUAUUAUCUAUGCAUACUUGUCUUUGCUCAAAGAUUAUGCAAAUUUGACUGGGCGUGUCACUUGUCAUGUUCUUGAUUCUUUCUUCUUCACCCUCAACCUGGAACAAGGCUAUUCGGGAGUUAGUCAGAAGGGCUCGCAGAUACCAUUAGAUGUUGAUAUUAUUCUCAUGCCUAUUUGCACCAGACAACACUGGACCCUGGUUGUUCUGCAUCCUCGCACUCGGGUGAUUCAAAGAUACGACUCCCUUCACGGUCUUGGGGACAACCAUGUUCAUCAAAUUCAAAAGUGGCUGGACACAGAGUAUAAGAGCGGGGCUGGUCCGGAAUGGACUAUUGGAGAUCAUGUCUCCCCACGGCAAGAUAAUAGUGAUGAUUGUGGUGUCUUCGUCCUUGCAACAGCAAGGUCAGUGAUCAUGAGAACAGCUCUGGACUACAACACGGAUGUCAUUGCCAUGAUGAGAAAAAAGAUUGUUGAGGAACUUAAGGAGAACCUUCACAGUGCCAAGGUUCAGUUGGAGCUCUUUGAGUUCGAAAGUCUUUAUGAAAAGUAAAGCGUUUUAAUACAAG